AUGAAGUUCCUACCCCUUCGCGACUUCGACGAUGUCACGAGCGCGUUGAAUUUCGAUACACCAGAAUGCCACGUCAUUGGCGGAUGCGAUCUUUACACCACCAAAGCCGCAGGCUCGGAUAAGAAACUCUACCGCGAUAUUGAUCGGUCCUUGGAAUCACAGUACCAGUCCCUCGUCCGACUGUCGGCCUCGUUCCCACCAGACGCCCUUGGUUCCUCGCCUUUGAACCUCUCUCGAUCCAGCCCUUUUGGUUCACUGAGUCAGGUCUCUAGCCGCCGGACGUUUGCAUACCUGAUCGCGACGCUCAAUGCGAGUCACCCGGAUUAUGAUUUCUCACACAUCCUCAGGCCCGCCGACUUUAGGAAGGAACGAACCCUGAAGAAUGUCAUCAAUACAAUCGACUCUACCCUUCAUAACUUGAGGCCAAGCUCAGGUAUGAUGACACUCCAAGUCCCAUCGCAGAUUAGCUACACAACAGCCUCUUCGGCCUCCCCAACGAGCCAGGCGUGGGGUCCGCAGAUGUGGUCAUUGAUAGACAAGGAGAUGAACCUCAAGGAAUGCACUGUCUACUGCUGGGCCCCUCCUGAUGAGCCUUUCGACGGCGAAGAAGGUUCUAUUUGGAGUCUGAACUACUUCUUCUUCAACAAGGACUUGAAGCGCGUAGCAUACCUGUAUGUUCGCGGUGUGCCGGUAAUGACUCAUACUCCCCGGCAACGUGUGAUUUCGCCCAAGAGAAGCGCCAGUGGCUAUGAUUCAGGAGCAAACAAGCGGGCUAGCUACUGGCUGGGAGACCGUGCUCUCGAUGUUACUACUACUGAUGCGGACGCAGACGAAGAGGACGAAGAUCUCAACUUGACUAUGUGGAGCAACGGAGAUGAAAUCGACGCAGAUGAGAGUGAUGUUCCUUUUGACGGCGAUGAGUUCUGCGAUAAUUACGAUGACGACGAUGAUGCUGACGAAGAGUAUGAGCCGGAGUGCAAGGGUUUGGUUCGAGGUGUGAGUGAGGACAUUGCCGCUAUGGACAUGCAGCUUUGA